AUGAUGAGCAGACAAGCCUGCAAGAACUCCUUCAGCGGCGGGAGCCAGGGCUUCUCCGGGCGCUCAGCUGUGGCAUCGGGCAGCAGCAGGAGGAGCGGCGUGGCCCGCUCUGGGGCAGCCAGCACAAGGGCCUGUGGGUCCUGGAGUGGAGCAGGGAGCUUCAGCAGUCACAGCCUCUGCAGCUUGGGUGGGAGCCGCUGUACCUCUGUCAGCGCAGCAGCUGGUGGCUCCAGGAAUGGGGGCUUCGGCGGAGGGCGAGGCAGCAUUGGCUUUGGACGCGGCUAUGGAGGUGGCUUUGGGGGGGUUUCCGGCCUUGGGGGAGCUAGUGGCUUUGGUAGGCCUGGUGGCUUUGGUCCUGGUGGUUGCCGUGGGGGAAUCCAGGAAGUGACAGUCAACCAGAGCCUCCUGCAGCCCCUCAAUGUGGAGAUUGACCCCCAGAUUGGGCAAGUGAAGGCCCAGGAGAGGGAGCAGAUCAAGACCCUCAACAACAAGUUUGCCUCCUUCAUCGACAAGGUGCGCUUCCUGGAGCAGCAAAACAAGGUUCUGGAGACCAAGUGGGAGCUGCUCCGGCAGCAGACCGCCGGCUCCGGCUCAGGCCCCCAGAGCCUGGAGCCUUUCUUUGAAUCCUACAUCAACUGCUUGCGAAACAAGUCCGACUUCCUUCUGGGGGAGAAGGGACGCCUGGAGAGAGAGCUGAAGGGCAUGCAGGACCUGGCAGAAGACUUCAAAAAGCAGUAUGAGGAGGAGAUCAACCGACGGACAGCUGCAGAGAAUGAAUUUGUAGGGGUGAAGAAGGAUGUGGAUGGUGCUUAUAUGAGCAAGGUGGAGCUCGAGGCUGAAGCGGACAGCCUGACAGACGAGAUCAACUUCCUGAGGGCUCUCUGCGACAAGGAGCUGUCCCAGAUGCAGACCCAGGUCAGCGACAUGUCCAUCGUCCUCUCCAUGGACAACACCCGCAGCCUGGACCUGGGCAGCAUCAUCGCCGAGGUGAAGGCUCAGUACGAGGAGAUCGCCCAGAGGAGUAAGGCUGAGGUGGAGGCCCUGUACCAGACCAAGCUCGGGGAGCUGCAGAGCACAGCCAGCAGGCACGGGGAUGACCUGAGAAGCACCAACGGCGAAAUCAUGGAUCUCAACAGGGCGAUCCAGAGACUGCGAUCGGAGAUCGAGACCGUUAAGAAGCAGAAUGCCAGCCUGCAGACAGCCAUUGCGGACGCUGAGCAGCGUGGCGAGGGGGCCCUCAAGGAUGCUGAUGCCAAGCUCCAAGGCUUGCAGGCCGCCCUGCAGAAGGCCAAGGAGGACCUGGCCCGGCUGCUGCGCGACUACCAGGAGCUCAUGAACACCAAGCUGGCCCUGGACGUGGAGAUCGCCACCUACCGCAAGCUGCUGGAGGGCGAGGAGUGCAGGAUGUCUGGAGAGUGCCAGAAUGCUGUGUGCAUUUCGGUGGUUAGCAAUGUUACCAGCACAAGCAGCAGCUCUGGAGGCUACAGAGGGGCCGGUGGCAGCAACUAUGGAUGGGACGGCAGCAGCAGCAGCGGCAGCAGCGGGAGCAGCGGGAGCAGGCUUGGUGGCGGAGGCAGAGGCAGCGGCAGGGGCAGCGUCAGUGUCAGCGUCUCUGCGAGUCAGCGUGGCUUUAACUCCGGAGGCUCCCAGAUCUCGGUAGACAGCAGAGGAGGCAGCAGCAGCCGCAGCGUCUCCAUGAGUCAGCGCAGCGGCUCCCAGACCUCGGUAGACAGCAGCUACGAGUCUCGCAGAGGAGGCAGCGGCGCCGCCUGCUUCUCUCAGACCACCACUUCCAGCCAGCAACGCUCCAAGUGAUCUUCAGGAGCAAAUCUCGUCCACCCUCUUGCUUCCCCCCCACUUUGGCUUGCAACUGUGCCCACCCUCAUCUUCUUGGCACCAACGGGGGCAUAGUUCAACCUUGUUUUCACUCAAGUUCCUUGGAGAAGGGGCUGAACUUCCAGCUCCCACAUCUUUAUGGCUUGUCUUAGGUCGGGUGGUUUAGCUGCCAGUCCGGGGGCCGGUGCUCCUGGGGAAGGCCCUGGAUGGGCUGGGAAUUUCAGCAACACUUGAGCCUAAGCUGUCCUGAGCCUUCUAGUCUGGCCUAGCCCAUUCUGGCCAUCUGCUGCUCACAGGUGGAAGGUCAAGCUUUCCAGACUUGGUUCUCAUGGAGCCCUCUCACAGGGCUCUGUCUCCUUCCUCUCCGAGCUGCGGAUCUUUCACUUACGACAUGUUGCAUCCUCUUCACUCAAUACAUUGCAUUAUGCUUGACAAACUGGUGUUUGCCCUUUAUUCAAGGACCCAGGGGACAGGCCAGAUCCAGCAGCAGAGCAA